ACUUCCAGUAAACUGCGGCACUGUAGGAAAAGGUGAACUUACAUCCACAAGUGUGGAGAGAACGGGUUAAAAAAAAAGGUGGAUUUUUUUUUAAUCCGAAUAACAUUUUGGAUGUAUAAGUAUUUUUUUUUAUAACUGUAAUCGAUAGUAGUGACCAAGGGGAAAACUCAGAAGGAAUGACGACGUGCAGGGAAGCGGCACAGCGGUGAUUUGAAGGAGAAAAAAUAACCGGUUCCGGUACCGGAAACUCGGAAAAUAAUCAGACCUACUGUGUGUCUUCAUGCAUGAUCCGAUUUAAGUGUUCAUGACCUCAAGUUACUGGCUGUACCAUGGAGAAGUACGAGAAGCUGGCUAAGAUUGGCGAGGGCUCCUAUGGAGUGGUGUUUAAAUGCCGAAACAAGGAAACAGGCCAGAUAGUGGCUAUCAAGAAGUUUGUGGAAUCUGAGGAUGAUCCAGUCAUCAAGAAGAUAGCACUGAGAGAAAUCAGAAUGCUGAAGCAGUUAAAGCAUGUAAACCUGGUCAACCUUCUGGAGGUGUUCCGGAGGAAGAGAAGACUUCACUUGGUCUUUGAGUUUUGUGAACAAACCGUCCUCAAUGAACUUGACAAGCACCCUAGAGGGGUUCCUGAGAUCCAGCUGAAGAGCAUUGUCUGGCAAACUCUUCAGGCUGUCAACUUUUGCCACAAACACAACUGUAUCCAUCGAGAUGUGAAACCAGAAAACAUCCUCCUAACCAAGACGGGCGUCAUUAAGUUGUGCGACUUUGGGUUUGCCCGCAUACUGACUGGCCCGGGUGAUGACUACACUGACUACGUGGCCACACGCUGGUACCGAGCACCAGAGCUGCUGGUGGGAGACACACAGUAUGGCCCGCCGGUGGACGUGUGGGCGCUGGGUUGUGUCUUUGCUGAACUCCUUCUUGGGAGUCCACUGUGGCCUGGACGCUCAGAUGUAGAUCAGCUCUACCUCAUCCGCAAGACUCUGGGUGACCUGAUCCCUCGACACCAGCAGGUGUUCCACUCCAAUGCUUUCUUCAGUGGAGUCAGCAUCCCUGAACCAGAUACCAUGGAGCCACUUGAGAAGAAGUUCCAUGGUGCAUCUCCUCAUGCCAUUACUGUGAUGAAGUCCUGUCUCGUGAUGGACCCUGCUGAAAGACUGACAUGUGAGGAGUUAUUAGUCCUGCCAUACUUCCAUGAUGAGGGUGGAGUUGGAUGGGGACGAGAAAGCGAUCGACCCAUGAGACGCCAUGAGAGAGGUGUCAGACGCAGAGUGCCAGGGGCCCAGUAUUUGCCUCAACUUACCAGCAGCACCAUCUCCCCGGCACCUGAGCUAAAGAAUAAACACAAGCCCAAGUAUGACCACCAUCUGCCCAACAUCUAACCCUGAAAGAGAAAUAAAAAUGAGGGCAAAUGUUACAGGGAUGUUAUGGGACUUGAAUUUACAAAUGCACCAGCGUAAUCUAUAUAACCCCUAUACAAGUUGUAGUUAUCAGGAAAACUGAGAGGAGUAGCACUGCCAUAAAGUUUUAUGUGGAUUUACUUUAAAAGGAGUUAGACGUGUAAUUGUAACUUAUUUAUCUUUCAUAAUCAUUUUAAACUCUAGCUAUAAUGUGCAAGCAUUAUUAGUCAUUAUAUACAGUGUCUUGCAAAAGUAUUCAUCCCCCUUGGUGUUUGUCCUGUUUUGCUGCAUUACGAACUGGAAUGAAAAUGGAUUUUUGGGGGGUUAGCGCCAUUUGAUUGACAACAUGCUUACCACUUUAAAAGUGACAAUUUUUGUUGUAUUGUGACACAAACAAUAAGAUGAAAAAACAGAAAUCUGGAGUGUGCACAGGUAUUCACCCCUCCAAGUCAAUACUUUGUAGAGCCACCUUUUGCGACAAUUACAGCUGCAAGUCUCUUGGGGUAUGUCUCUAUGAGCUUAGCACAUCUAACCACUGGGAUUUUUGCCCAUUCCUUAAGGCAAAACUGCUCCAACUUCUUCAAGUUAGAUGGGAUGUGUUGGUGUACAGCAAUCUUCAAGUUAAUGCCACAGAUUCUCAGUUGGAUUGAGGUCUGGGCUUUGAUUAGGCCAUUCCAAGACAUUUAAAUGUUUCCCUUUAAACCACUCCAGUGUAGCUUUAGCAGUAUGUUUAGGGUCAUUGUCCUGCUGGAAUGUGAACCUUCGUCCCAGUCUCAAACCUUUGGCCGGCUCAAACAGGUUUUCCUCCAGAAUUGCCCUGUAUUUAGUGCCAUCCAUCUUUCCUUUAAUCCUGACCAGCUUUCCUGUCCCUACAGAUGAAAAAUAUCCCCACAGCAUAAUGCUGCUACCAUCAUGCUUCACUGUAGGAAUGGUGAUCUCAGAGUGUUGGGUUUGCGCCACACAUGGAGUUUCCCACCAUGAUGGCCAAAAAGAUCAAUUUUAGUCUCAUCUAACCAGAGAAUCUUCUUCCAUGUGUUUGGGGAGUCUGCUACAUGUUUUUGGGCAAACUCCAAACAUGUUUUUUUUUUUAAGCAAUGACUUUUUUUCUGGCCAUUCUUCCAUCAAUCCCCGCUCUGUGGAGUGUAUGGCUUAAAGUGGUCCUAUGGACAGAUACUCCCAUCUCCGCUGUGGCUCUUUGCAGCUCUUUCAGAGUUAUCUUUGGUGUCUUUGUUGCAUCUCUGAUUAAUGCCCUCCUUGCCUGGUCUGUGAGUUUUGGUGCGCGGCCUUCUCUGGUUAGGUUUGUAGUGGUGACAUAUUCUUUUCAUUUUGCUCUAAUGGAUUUAAUGGUGCUCUGUGGGAUAUUCAAAGUUUGGGAUAUUUUUUAUAGCCCAACCCUGAUCUACACUUCUUCCCAACCUUGUCUCUGACCUGUUUGGAGGCUCCUUGGUGUUAAUGUUGCUUGCUUAGUAGUGUUGCAGAGUCAGGGUCCUACCAGAACAGGUUGAUUUAUACAGACAUCAUGUGACAGAUCAUGUGACACUUUGAUUGCACACAGGUGGAUCUUAAUCAGCUAAUUUUGUGACAUAUGAAAGGGGGUGAAUACCUAUGCACACUGCAGAUUUCUGUUUUUUUAUCUUAAUUAUCGUUUGUGUCACAAUAAAACAACAAUUUUCACCUUUAAAGUGAUAGGCAUGUUCUGUAAAUCAAAUGGUGCUAACCCCCCAAAAAUCCAUUUUAAUUCCAGCUUGUAAUUCGAGAAAACAGGAUAAACACAGAGGGGGGUGAAUACUUUUGCAAAACACUGUACUCUCACCUCCAAUAACCUUACUAACACCUCACUAUGUUGUUGAAUUACUCCCUAACAUAGAUUGUAGCUCAUCUAGGUGUCUUUACUAGUCCUAGUUUUUCCUCACCUUUGUGCCAAAUUUAUCAGGGAGUAGCGCAUUUUGUUGCAAAAGGUCAUAUUCAUCCUUUCUAAUGCUUGCAUUGCUGUCAGAUAGCAUUACUUCAAUGCAUUUAAAUGCAGCUUCAGAAUCAUCAGCUUGAAUUUUAAAUGGUACUCUUGUCUGGGCUUCACAAACUUUUUUACCUUUUUAUACCUUUUAUGUGUAACUUUUUCUUUAAUUUCAUAUUCUGUGAUUUUGUCACUUGUGCAUGCCAUUCGCAGGGUUGUGCGUUGCACUAAUACAAACUGUUUUUAUCAUAA